GGCAUACCAAAACCGCUGUCAAUGUCAAAGUGUCAAACAUGGUAAAUCAAAAAUACAACAAUCAAAACAUAACCUACAAUCCAGGCUAAAAAAUUAAUGAAAACGUACUUAAGUUUUAAAUAAAUUCAAGAAACUGCCCAUUAUGGCGUUGUGGACAUGGGGUGCUAACUCACAUGGUCAGCUAGGUGUUGGUGUUGCAAAUGAACAGAUAGAGAAACCAACAAGAGUUGAAUUACAUUUGUAUCAUUGUAAAAUAAAUCAAAUUGCUUGUGGAGGUGGCCAUACACUCCUUUUGGAUAACGAGGGCAAACUCUAUUCUUGUGGUUGGAAUUCAAAACUACAACUAGCUAGAGAAACUGAGGUACAUAAGUUUGAACGGACAUGGGCAUUAAGUGGUGUCACCUUUACAAAUAUUGUUGGCGGCUGGGAUUUCAGCUGUGGAGUAACAGAUGACCAGUUUUUAAUAGUGUGGGGAUCCAAUGCCUAUGGACAAUUGGGUGUACCAUCAACUCCUAAAGAAUACUUUUCAGAAAUUAUGAAACCUAUUAGACUUCCAAUUAAUGCUGUGCUGGUUUCUAUGGGCCUUAGACAUACAGCCAUAGUAAACUCAAAAGGUGAAGUAUGGACUACAGGGUGUGGCCGGCAUGGACAACUUGGAUUGGGGAACAGUGUAUUGUCUUCUGACAGAUUCCAGAAGGUGGAAGGUGUUGGUAAAAUAUCUCAUAUAGCCUGUGGGCAAAAUCAUACUGUAGCUUGGUGCUCAGAUGAGAAAGCUUUAUAUGUAUGGGGAGACAAUAAACAUGGCCAACUAUUACUGUGUUCUGAAAAAUAUAGAAAAAUAUAUACACCUAACAAAAUUGAUAUAGAUGUCAAACAGGAAGUGAAAAAGUUAUUAAGUGGCUGGACUAAUGUAUUAUUAUGGUUGGAAGAUGGAAGUCUUUUAGCCUGGGGUAGAAAUAAUAAUGGACAACUAGGCACAGACAAAACUGUUUUACCAGGAACAUUCACUCAUGUAAAGCUUCCAGAGGGUAGAGAAGUACAAGAUGUUGCAGUAGGUUCUGAGCACACUAUUUGUUUAGCAACAGACAAUACUCUUUGGGCAUGGGGAUGGAAUGAACAUUUCAACACAGCCAUUGAUUUAGGUCAUCAAAUAGUACAACCAACUUUAGUGCCUUUAGAAAUUGAAAAAGAUCAAAAAAUUACACAAAUUUAUGCAGGCGGAGCACAAAAUUUCAUUGUGGUUGAGGAAUAAAAAAUUUAAUAAAAACUGCUUUAUCUGUGAUAGGCCAUAGGCACACCCAACAAUGAAAUCAUUGUGUAAUCUUAAAUGACUCAUGCUAGUCUAUAUUGUUCAUUGCAAA